CACAUCUCCACGUAUGUGAACACAUUUAACAGGUACACCCAUCGUGCUGUGAUGAACAUUCAAGGAGUGAAAGCAACAGACUUUGGAAAAUAUAUUUGCAGAGCAUCAAACGUUGUCAGUAACACAGAAAAGAUAUUUGAACUUGACGCAACAGGACCACCUGAAAAGCCAAACAGCGUAAAGGUUAUAACUGCAAUUACAACAGCAGUGUCGCUGUAUAUCCAAUGGACACCUGGUUACAACAAUGGAAAACCUCAAACAUUUUCUGUUGAGUAUCGGAAGAUCAAAGAAACACUAUGGACAGAGUGCAGGAAAAACAUUCCAGAUCCUCCCCCUCUACCAUUUAAGGUCCAUCCACUUGAAAGUAAUACAUCGUAUGUAUUUAGAGUGAAUACAUGGAAUGCCGAAGGAUUUAGUGAAUAUACGGAGCCAUCAGAAAUAGGAACUACGUGGGCAUUACCGAAGAGUAAUGAAAUCAACCCUAGCUUUUUAAAGGAUGGGAAUAACAUAAUUGUGACUUUUAACAAUUAUCCGAUAAAUUGCACUAGUAUCACUAUAUAUUGUUGCGACCCAAAGGUAGUAACUAACUGUAUAACAAAGAACGUUACAGACUUUGGAGAAACACCCAAAGAGGUAGUGAUAGAAAUCGAAGAUGAGAUGAAGUACACAGUGGCCUUUCAUUAUUAUCAGCGGGAUGACAUCAUCCAUCAGUCUCAACCACAAAUUGCAGAACAAAAGAAAACAACGGCCAAUGUAGGGGCAAUAGUCGGAGGUGUCUUCGGGGGACUGUUUCUAGCUGCAUUGGUUGCGUUCAUUAUUGCUUUUCUAUUGCGGAGAAGACGAUUCACUAGAACAACAGAAAAAGACGGAAACCGUGACCAAAAACUAAAGGAAAUUGAACAAAAUGGUCCACCUGCUAUUGGAGGUUCGGAUAACUCAGCUUAUGAAACUAUCGAAAGGUGUGAUCCACACGAAGAAAGGACAUAUGACACGGUACCUAAAGAGAACUUUGAGAUUUCUUCAAGUCAGCUGAAACUUGAAAGGGAAAUUGGCAAGGGAGAGUUUGGUGUGGUAUGGAAAGGUCAAGGAAAAAACAUACCAAUGUGUGAUAAAGUUGUAGAUGUAGCCAUCAAGACUCUCAAAGAUCCGAGUGAGAAAAACAAAGGUGACUUCUUAAAAGAACUGGAAGUUAUGAAACUGCUCAGUCAUCCUAACGUUGUAAGUCUCAUUGCAUGCUGCACCAAAAAAGACCCAUACUAUAUUGUUGUUGAAUACAUGGAAAAUGGUUCCGUGAAAGAUUUUCUUAAAAAGAACAGAGCCGAUGGAAACAAGGUGUAUGACAAUCUCCACUCGGGAACAAAGUCACUCACGUCAAGGCAGCUGUUACUAUUUGCACGGGAUGUAGCAAACGGGAUGUCUUGUUUGGAAUCAUACAAGAUCAUUCAUAGAGAUUUGGCAGCCAGGAAUAUCUUAGUUGAUAAAGAAUUAAGGGCAAAGGUUUCUGACUUUGG